CAAGUGGGUGCACGCACGCACGCAUGCAUGCACGCACACCCGCCGCGGACCCGCAGCCUCUCUCCGUGGAUCGAUGACGCUCUCCUCACCUCACGCACCCACUCUCCCGCGCACACGUUGCAGCAGCCGUGCGUGCGUGCGCGCGCACCAGCACGGAUUUAAUGUUUUUUUGUUUUUGAAACAAUGAAAAACUGAAAGAGUCAUUUGUGUCCACCAGCUCAGACCGCGUGCGCUGAGCAACAUCUCCAUGGACUCGCUGCUGCUGCUGCUGCUGCUGCCGCCGCCGCCGCCGCCGCCGCUGCCGCUGCUGCUGCUGCGCUCCCCCGGUGGCCAUCCAGGCAAGUCGGGCUCCAGUCAGUAGAUCCUCCCCACCCAGCAGUCAGCACGAAGGUGGCCGCGGGCCGCCGGACUAACCGGUCGCAGCCAUGCCGAUGCACCCGAUCACCUCCACGCUCAUGUACCGGGGGAUGUGCACCAUCCCGGACAUCCUCAACUACAGCGCCCCGGUGAACCUGCCCGAGGACGAGGUUGAAGAGAUCCGUGAGGCCUUCAAAGUGUUUGACCGCGACGGUAACGGCUUCAUCUCCAAGCAGGAGCUGGGCAUGGCCAUGCGCUCCCUGGGCUACAUGCCCAAUGAGGUGGAACUGGAGGUCAUCAUCCAGAGACUCGACAUGGACGGUGACGGCCAGGUGGAUUUUGAGGAGUUUGUCACUCUUUUGGGCCCCAAGCUGACGGCGGCCGGGAUGCCGGACAAGUUCAACGGCACCGACUUUGACUCGGUUUUCUGGAAGUGCGACAUGCAGAAGCUGACGGUGGAGGAGCUCAAGCGUCUCCUCUACGACACCUUCUGCGACCACCUGUCCAUGAAGGACAUCGAGAACAUCAUCAUGACGGAGGAGAACCACAUCGAGAACCCUGAAGACUGCCAGGUGGAUAUAGACAGCUCCAGCCCGACGCAGCAGGUCAAGCAAACGUGCGUCCGCAAGAGUCUGAUCUGCGCCUUCGCCAUCGCCUUCAUCAUCAGCGUCAUGCUCAUCGCCGCCAAUCAGGUGCUGCGGAGCGGCAUGAAAUAGAGGGCGCGUCCCGGCCCACCAGACUGCGGGACACCGAGACGAAGAAGAAGAAGAAGACAACAGGAGACGACAAAGACGUUUCCAAGGUGUACAAAGACACGUGUCCACACAUCACUCCUCGUUAUCGUCGUGCUCGUUAGCGGUGGCAGCUCUGCAAGAGACGUGUCGUGACUGUCCGCUCGUGUUUUUGUGUGCCGUGCGCUCGUUCCAAACGCAGGAGACGUGUGCGAGUGGGUAUGUGUGGAAUACUGCAGGGGGCGCUGUUGCAGAUGGACGCUCAGGGCAGGCUGACUGCAAAGCGCUAACUGAGGACGGCUGCAGCGCAACACUCCACCGCAAGGGGGCGCCUGGCGAGCCUCGGACAAACUCAUCUAUGCAUGACAUGCAUGGACUGUAACGGCCGUCUUGUUCGUAAACGUUCUUAUCAACGUUGUGAUGAUCUCGACUGUGUUCUAAUACCAAACUGUGAGACUGUAUGAGGAUGUGUGUGUGUGUGUGUGUGUGUGUGUGCGUGUGUGUGUGCGUGUGUGCGUGUGUGUGUGAGACUAUUGUCUUUCUAUCUUUGUGACAUCUCACCUUGAUUGUUGGGACAUUUGUCUUUUUGUGGGGACUUUUUGGCUGCUCCACACAAGGAAAAUGCUAACCUUUUAGACUGUGUGUGUGCGCGUGUGUGCGAACAGGAAGGGCUGUUCUACUUCAUGCUGGUCAGAAUCACUUUGCGAAGGUCGCAAGACGUCCAAAAAGCCCACUCGUGUGUGUUUACAGUUUUGCAUCCUGUCGGACGCUGUUAGCCUCGAGCAAGCACGCACGGCAGCGUUGCGUUGUUUCCUGUGUGUUGCUGUGAAGCAAUAAGCAAAGACGCCGUCCGGCCGGCGGCGCAUUGAGCAGACCAAUUGUCGGAGAUGCUACAACCAACCGAACCAACUGAAAGAAAGCUCUUUUUAAAAAGAAGAUGCUAACAGUUUCAAUGACAGUUUCGAGAAGUUGGUCUUGAUAUUCCGUCAGGCCAAAAACGUUGCAAUAAAUCACAAUUUGAGUCGCACUUGCUUGAAAUUGGACUUUCGAAUGCAAACUUGUGCUAAUGUGCUAACAUUGUGCCAACCUGUGCGUUAAACGAGCUACUGUGACAUGUGCAAAAAUGGAAUAAUGCACCAAGAUUCAGAAACGUCCACUAACAUACACUAAACACAUGCUAACCUUAACAAAUAUGUGCUACGUAGCAUAUGUGGAUGCGUGGGAACAUGCACAACCAUCCGCUGACGUGGCAAAGCAUGCUAUGUGCUACCAUUUACGAAUAUACAAUAACAUGCUAUCAUGGCAGUGCAUGUCCCCACAUGUCAACAUGCUAAACUGUGCUACCAUGCUCCAACAUUCAAUGUGCACUAAUACAUGCUAACAAGCUUAAAUGUGCAUGAUGUUUGCUAGAACAUGCUUACAUUUGCUAGAAUGUGCUAUAACAUACACUAACAUACCAACACACGCUAACAUGUGCUAACUAACACACUAACAUUCCAAAAUUUUCUCUAAUAUUAAUAGCAUACUUACACAUGCUAAGAUGUGCUAACAUUCACUAACGUGGCACAGCAUGCUAACAUUUGCUAACUAAUACUUUAACAUUGCAAAACCUUCACUAAUAUGCAUUAAACACACACCUACGCAUGCUAACAUGUGCUAACACGCUCAUAUACACAUGAUGUUUUAACACUUGCUAGAAUAUGCUAACAUACAUGAACAUACCAACUAACAUGCGCUAACAUGUGCUAACUAAUAUGCUAACAUUCCAAAACCUUCUCCAACAAUAAAGACAUACUUACAGAUUGUAAGCUGUGCUCACAUUCACUUAUGUGGCAAAGCAUGCUAACAUGACCGAAAAUUCAACAGGCACUAACACAGGUGUUACUAAUACGCUAACAUUCCAAAACCUUUUCUAACACUAAAUACAUACUGACAGAUUCUAAGCUGUGGUCGCAUUCACAAUAGACACUAACUCAAGCUAACAUGUGCUAACAUGCUUACAUGCGCAUGACGUUUGGACACUAGACAGGAUGUGGUAACAUUCAGUAACAUACCAACACAGACUAACAUGCGCUAACAUGUGCUAACUAAUAGCCUAACAUUCCAAAACCUUCUCUAACACUAAACACAUACUUACAGAUGCUAAGCUGUGCUCACAUUCAUUGACGUGGCAAAGCAAGCUAACAUGCCCCAACAUUCAAUAGGCACUAACACAAGUUAACAUGUGCUAACUAGCAAGCUAAUAAUCCAAAACUUUCACUGACAUGCACUAAACGCAUACUUAUGCAUGCUAAAAUGUGCUCAUGUGGCAAAGCAUCCUAACAUGCUCCAAAAUUGAACAGGCACUACCACAGCUAACAUUGACUAACAUGCUUGCACGCACUAAGAUGUUCCAACACACGUUGGCAUGCACAUGUAUGUACUUAUAUACAGUGCACAUGCUAAAAUGUGAUGAUGUGAGGUGCCAGCACUUGUUAGAACGUUCUAACUUAAACUAACGUGCCAACACAGCCUAACAUAGGUUAACAUGUGAUAACUAGUAUGCUAACAUUCCAAAACCUUCUCUAACACUAAACACAUACUUACACAUGCUAAGAUGUGAUAACAUUUGCUGACAUGAUAAAACAUGCUAACAUGCUCCAACAUUCAAUAGGCACUAACACAAGCUAACAUGUGCUAAUGUGCUUACAUGCCCAUGAUGUUCUGACACUUGAUAGAAUGUGCUAACGUACAGUAACAUACCAACACAGACUAACAUGCGCUAACAUAUGCUAACUAAUACCCUAACAUUCCAAAACCUUGUCUAACACUUAACACAUAUUUAGACUUGCUAAGAUGUGCUAACAUUGGCAAAGCAUGCUAACAUGCACCAACAUUCAAUAAGCGCGACCACAGACUAACAUUUACAAAUGUUGGAAUGCGCACGUAUGUGCUAACCUACAGUACACGUGCUAAAAUGUGACAUGCAUGUGAAGCGCCAACACUUGUUACAACAUUGUAACAUACACUAACAUGUCCUAACACAUUCUAACAUGUGCUAACAUACGUGUCUAUCGUAACAUGUCAAUGUGGGUGAACAUGCACUACCAUGAUACUACAUGCUAAGUUGUGCUGACAUGUGAAAGCAUGCAAACAUGCUCACAUGCAGAAACACACUAACACGUGCCAACACACAUACUACCACAAGCUAACAUGCUAACACACGUUAUCAUAGUAACAUAGGUCGACAUGGGGAACAAGCGCUACAAUAACAAUUCAAUAAGCGCUAACACAUGCUAAAUUGUGCCAACAUUUCCUAAUGUGCCCGAGCACUACCGUGGUAGCGCAUGCUAACAUGUCUCAAACAUCAACCAAUUACAGCAAAGGUGACUGAAAAAAAGCACAAGCUGAAAUUUUAACAAUUUGAAGUCAAUUUUAAAAGCAAUAAAAGGAAAGGUAUCAUACAUUUUUCUUACAUGACAAGGUGUAUUAUAAAGUGAUAACAACAAUGUCAACUCUUCAUAAAAAUGGUCCUAAAAGUGACAAAAUAAUCCUUGUAUCCACAUCUAAAAUGAGGCCUUCCUUGGCGGAGGUCACAAUGAGCCGUCACGGCCCCACAGAGUUGAAACAAAUCAUUUUAUUUUGCACUUUACGAGAAGCUGCGGCGCACAACAACAACUCGCCGCCAUGAUGGGUGAUCCACGUCCAAAAUAAUGAAGUUCUGAUGGUUUGUCCUCCUGUCAUCGCUGAGUGCGCGUUCAGGAAUAAAGACGUUAGUAAUAAUUUCAUUUGUUGCCUUAUUCUUUGACACGUUGGGGUUGAUAAGUUAUUGCUGUUUAUUUCCUUUUUACAGACUGAGGUUUAAAAAAAGCAGUGUGAACGUCGUUUUCAUGUUUCCAACUGGACUUGGCUUUCUGUCUGUGUUACUGUCUGUUUAAAUGGUGUUUACUCCUCAAUUCAACCAAAUAAUAAACAUGAUGUACUACAA